UUUGCGGAGUCGCAGCUGCGCGUGUGCUAAUACCACCGCGACCCUCGCGUCCCCGCGCGAUUCUCCACACUGGGGUUGGCUCGGAGGAAGCAUGAGGAUGCGAGCGGGGAUUUAGUUUCGGUGUCUUUUCUCGUCUGGAGCAGAUUAUUACCUUUCUCUACACACGCAGGAACGGAUUUAGCCACACGAACUAAGAUUUGUGGUGCUCGUGGUCAUCACGGAAUAUGAUGCACAGGACUCUGUUCCCAGAGGGAAAUUGGACCGGAAUACAUUCAGAUGCACUGAUGAGUGCUCAAUGAACUCAAGUCUCUUGUGGAGCGUGAGGAAAUUGUAUUUUUUGAUACCUUAAAAGAGGAGGGGGCGAAACUGUGAUUACACAUUUCGUUUUUAUUUAAUUUUUUUCAUUUUUCGCCCCGUGGAGACAACAUGGCAGCCACCGAGGCUUGUGCUGCCCCCGUCCAAGCAGAGAGCACAGAGACUAAACCAGAGGAGGCAAAGCCCGCUAACGCGGAGCAGCCCGCCAAUGCAGACCCGGCACCGGCCCCGGCAGAGGAGACGAAAGAGACGACGGCCAACGACGAUGCCACCCAGAACUCCGAGCAGCCGCCCGCGGAGCAGCCAGCCGAAGGCAAAGCCAAGCCCGCCUCGGAGAACAUCCUGGGUUCCUUCCUGAACAAGAGUGGGCUGGGAAAGCUUAUGGGAGGGGGCAAGAAGAAGAAGGAGUCUGGCGCAGGUGGUGAGGAUGGCACUGUUGCCGGGGGCGACGCGGAAAAAGACAAGAGCCAGGCGGACGAGGGCAACAAGGAGCAGCCGACCAAUCAGACGGCAGAUGGUGCCGAGGCCGGCGCCGAGGACCCGGCCAUAGAGAAGGCGCCAGAGAACGACGAGGCGGCGGCCGGGACUGGCAAAGACGGCAAGCAGAAGCAGGCCGAGAAGUCCAGCGUGCGGGACUUCAUCCGCAAGCCCGUCGCCAGAAUCUUCUCACACAGAAGCACAGAGAAGAAGGAGGGCGCAGGCGCAGGCACAGGCGAGGGCAAGAAGCACGGCAAGGUCCGAUCCAGGUCCCUCGACAGGCUGGAGGACGCCGACGCCAGCACCGUCGCCGUGGAACAGACGGAAGACGUCCAGGAAGCGGCUGGAGAGUCCGACAAGGGCGCCGCCCAGACCACUAAACACAUGAAACGCUGGCACUCCUUUAAGAAGCUAAUGGCCCAAAAGUCUCACAAGAAAAGCACAGAUGACACCAAGGAGGGAGAGGGUGCGGAGGGAGGGGCAGAGGGGGCGGGCGACUCAUCAACGCUCGAUUCCGCGACGAAAUCGGAACACUCCGGCCAGAAACGGUGGAAGCUGAAGAGGUCAUGGACAUUCCAGGGGCUCAAGAGGGACACGUCUGUCACGGGCUUCCACAAGGCGGCGAAGGAGGGUGAAAAAGAGGGCGAGGAGAAAGGAGAGGAGGGCGCCGCGGCCAGCGCGGAGAAUGACCAGGGAGCCGCAGCUGGCUCAGAAGAGCCCAAGGCCGCCGCGGACGGAGAGACAGACGAGAAGACGGAAGGCGACGACGACAAGGGGGCCGCAGCCGCCCCACAGCGCACUAAAUCGGUGGACCAGCACGCCAAUGAGAUCUGGACCUCGUUCAAGAAGCGAGUGACCCCCAAGUCAAAAAAGUCGACAGAUGCCAGCGCAGGAGCGGCGGUGGAGGAAGGGGCGGAGGCGGCGGCGGCGGCCGGCAGCGGGGAGCAGGAACAGGCCGACGACCAGCAGGCGGCUAAAGACUCCGGCAAGACGGCCAAGACGAAACGCACGCACUUCAACCGCGCCGUGUCGCUAAAGAACUUCAUCAUGCGCAAGGGCGGAAAGAGCACCAGCGUGGACCUCGGAGGCGAGGCCAAGGAGGAGGGCGAAGAGGGGCAAGACGGCGCGGCAGAAGAGGCCGACGCCAAGGGCAGCGACGAGGGCACUGCCGACGCAGCAGCUGGGGCAGGGGCAGCGGCCGACACCCCUCCGGCCACAGCGGAGAAGAAGGAGGAGAAAAAAGAGGAGCCAGCCGCAGCUGCCGCCGCCGCCCCCGCCGCCACGGCUGUCACACAGAGCGAUGACAAGGCGGCCGCGGCUCAGGUGGCAGACGGGCCCAAGGCGACUGACGGCGAGGGGAAGAAGCCCGACGCGGCCGCGCCAUCUGCUCCCAAGCAGCAGGCGGCGGUGGCAGCGACGACCGAGUCGCCACGCGUCGCCGAGACGGCCACCGCGGGCGCGGCCGUGGCCGAGCAGCCGGCCGCCGAGGCCAAGACCUCCAACCGGGAGAACGGGUGCCCGGACGGCACGGCGCACAAUCACGAGGCGGCCGACGGCGAGAACGCCGUUGAGGAGGCCAAGCAGCAGGAGGAGGAGAAGAGCCUCAACUGCAAGGAGGCCGUCAUCGACGCCGACGUCAGCAGCGGCGGCAAGGCCAAGGACGGCAAGAUCCUGAGCCCGGACGGGAAGUGCGGCGGCAAAGGAAACGCGGUGGCCCAAAGCGAAAAAAAGGCGGGAAACGUGUGAAGCUACACACUGAGGAUUAGAACGGCAUGGGAUUCUGCGAGAAGCUUUGCCCCCCCUCCCCCACCCCCCUUUACCCCCAAAAAAUGGAGUAACCACUUGUUUGCGUCACAGUUCACCAUGGUGGGAGAGAUGCAAUUCCAUAUAGCUGACUUAAACAUGAUUCUGAAAGCAAUAAUACUACAGUCGUUGAUCAGCGCAGCUCAGCCUAUCAUUCCAUCAUGUAAAUGUUUUGCUUGUCCUCUAGUAAGAUUUUAUAUUGUCAAUAAAAAAAAAAGAAAAUGGAAAAAAACUGAAACAUUCCUCUC